AUGCCUACUUUGCGUGAAAUGUCGGCGUCGUCUUCGGUGGGGUCUGUGCUGCAUGGUGAGCCGUUGUCGUCGAUGGAGUCUAUGCCACAUGCAGAGCCGUUGCCGUCGGUGGAGUAUGUGCUGCAUGGAAAGCCGUUGUCGUCGGUGGAGUCGAUGUCGUCGGUAGAGUUGUUGUCGUCGGUGGGGUCUAUGCCGCAUGGAGAGCCGUUGCAGUUGACGUUCGAUGCAUUUGCGCUUGGACGAGCGACCCGACCCAAACGUGUCAAGCCUCCUGGUGGACAUAGGGUGCUUUCAAGAGCACAAGAAUCCUUGGCAGCGUUGGGUAUGAUCAUGGAGCUUGCCAAGCACGAUCUACUACUCUCGCCCAACCAACAGCAAAUCUUUGGCAGCCGUGUCCUUGAACCGCACUCGCAGCGUGUGUACAAGAAGCAUUACCGGGGGUUGUGGUACUUUUUCGGCAUUAUUGGGGAUUACACGUCCCUGCUCAUUUUGCGCCAUGACUGUCCCCAGCAUGCUCCAGCCAUGUCAGUGAAGCGCCUGUGUGCAUACUUGAAGUACAAAACAGGUGCCAUCGGGACGAUCCUGCACUAUGACGAUGGCCUCCCAGUGUUGGACGUCGAUGGUCAGCCAGUGUUGUGCGACGGCCAAUGGAAGGACCCCCAAAACAUGAUCCAGCUUAGCUCAGCGGUGUCUGCGGCACACAAGGCAAAAGGCAUGGGCCAAAUGCCGUACGAAGAACAAUGCGAUGCCUGUUAUCGCUUGUUCAGCGACAAGAGCCUGGUCACUGGAUGCCGACACCACGCUGGACGAGGGCGACUCUCACGCACGGGAAAUGCAAGGUUCUCUGAAGACUUCAUCAACUGCAUGACACGCAUCAGGAAGCACGACCUGUGGCUUUACACCCCGAGUCCAGAAUCAAUGUGCAACCCCUUGGAGCUGGUGAACAUCCGAAGAUGCCACCAAGUGCUAUCCACCAGCAACGUUCCAAACCAAGUGCCGGAACGUCUGCACCAAGACGUUGACAUGCAGCAGGCAUCGCGGCACAAGUCGCUGGAGAUGGCCGGUCGGUACAAGCAAGACGCACAGUCCCUUCUCGAAAUUGCGAAGAAUCAACGCGACAAGAGCAUUUUGCAGUACGUCCCAAAAUGGCGAGCGGUUUUCGUAUCCAACCUGCAGGCAGCGGCGGGCGUGAAUGUGUAUUCCUCAACCGAACCAAUGGCCGUGCUUGCGUGCAAGUUCAUCAAAGACAUGAUCAAUGCCGGACUACUGAACAAGGCCGACACCGACUCCCCCAUGCAUGUCGCCAAUGCAUGUAUGAAAAACGUUCAAGGCUGGGAUUUGAAGUCUGAGAUCAACGACAUCCAACGACAGGUUGAAGUGAAGGCGUGUGGUUGCGCUACCGAGGUGAGGCGGCUUGUGCAACUCCUUUCGAAGUACCACACAGGCCCUGCAACGCCUUGCGUAAUCGAGGGUUACGCAGUCCCUACGUCUCCAACACUGGUCCCUACGUCUCCAACACUGGUCCCAACCGACCUCGACAGCGAUGCAACCGAACUCAUCACUUCAGUCCUCCCACCCGAGUUAUCGUCCGAAGCCCAUCCAAAAGCCCAUCCAAAAGCCUUCGUCCCACCAUCUUCGUCGCUCCAUGCAGUCCCUCCACUUCCCUUACUGCCGUUUGUCCUUAUGUCUUCAUCACUACGCACAUGUCCGUCCAUCAUCAUCACUGUACACAGCACCACCAACCAUAUCGCUGCACUCUGGCGUAUUCACGUCAUCGCUCUGCACAGAGCCCCCGCCCCCACCCCCCUCAAAACCCCCUGGCGUAUUAACGUCAUCGCUCUGCACAGAGCCCCCGCCCCCACCCCCCUCAAUGCACUUAUCCGCGACAGAAACGAGUCAAACGCCCAACGACCUGCACACCACGUCAAGCUCGUUGAUCCAGCCAGCGCCCUAUGGACAAGAUGUUGA